UAUUUCUAUCAUGUAAAUAACAUUUAUAACUGUUACUUAAUACUAAAUUAUAGAAAUUAUUUAAAUUUUUGAACGCACUCUAUCGAGAAUAAAAGUAAACGAAAGUAAAAUAAAGGCGCGCAAGAAGAAUGCAAUAACACGUUGUAUGCCUUUUAAGUUUUUUACCGUCCAAAAUGACAACAAAAAGUGUUUUACAGCCGAUCGACAUAAAUAGUCCUAACAUGGAGCGAUCACCAGCCAGGAAAAAAGCGAGAUAUGAUUCUCCUGCGAAAGAACGAUGGUCGUUGGCAAGGAAAAGCGUACCUGCUUACGACGAUUUAAAUGGAGUAGAACUUCUUUGUGAUUCAGACUCGGAACAAUCAGAAGUAACUGCUGAUGAAGUUUUGUCCAAUCUUAAUAGUUAUUUUGGGAAUCGAUUAAGUGAUCUUCCAGUAGAAAAAUACAGCUCAGAACCUGAAUGUUCACAUGGAAGUGAUGAAAAAGAAUAUUGUGUCCCUUUAAAUAGCAAGUCAGAAUCAAUUAUAAAUUACUUUGAAGAUAUAAGUGAUGAAGUAAUGCUUCAUAUAUUCCACUUCCUUCCAAAACGUUUUUUAAGUACAGCUGCUUUAGUUUGUAAAAGGUGGCAUCGUUUAAGUGAAGAUGAAAGUUUAUGGGCUCGAAUGGAUUUAGGCUCAAAACAAUUACAAGCAGGAGCGAUGGGCCAUAUUAUGAGUCGGCAAGCUUUAGUUUUACGUUUAGCCCAAGCAGAAAUAUCUCAUCCGCCAAUUCUAGAUGGUUGUUAUGCAUACCCAGAGGAUUUUCGUGCACGUCUUCUUUAUCUUGAUUUAAGUAUGGCUCAUGUAGCUCCAGAAAGUCUUGUUGAAAUUUUUAAACGAUGUUGUCGUUUAAAAAAAGUUAGUUUAGAACAUGUAAGGAUAAAUGGAGAUGUUUUAGAUGCGUUAGGUUAUAGUAAGGAUAUAGAAAUAUUAAAUUUGGCAAUGGUUGAAGGAAUUAAGGAACAUGGGAUGCGAAGUUUAUUAGAAAAUUGUAGAAAGUUACGUGAAUUAAAUGUGGCAUGGACUUAUUUAGAUGCUGCUACAUUAAUGGUGUUAUGUUCGGCGUUGCCGGAAAAUUUGGAUCGCCUAAAUUUAUCUGGAUGCCGGAAAACACUCACAGACGACAAUAUACGACGGUUAACAUCUCGAUGUAAAAAAUUAAGAGAAUUGGAUUUAUCUGAUUGUACUGGGUUAACGGGCGAAACAAUUUUACAUAUCUUACAAUUAAAGGGAUUAAAUUUUUUGGCGUUAUCACGUUGUUAUCAAAUUCCAUAUAAAUCACUAGUUUAUCUUAAACAAAUUAAAUCAUUGGUUUAUUUAGAUGUUCACGCUGGGUAUAUGGAUACUUCCGAGUUAAGGUACAUUCAGGAUAAUUUGGGACCAAGUGUUCUUCUUAAUAAAUUUAAAUUUAGUUCGAUUGCACGACCUACGGUCGGCCCAAGACGAUCUUCCAUUUGGAAUAUGAGAGUUCGCGACUGAAAUCGGCACACAAAUGUGAUCUUUUUUUUAGUUUAUAGAAUUUGUUUUUCUUUUAAUAUAGUUUCAACCAAUGCCAAAAUAAUAAUAUGGAUUAUUAUUAAUAAGAAUAAAGUAUUACGUGAAAUAAUC